AUUGUGUGGUGGGGCGGAGAAUUCUCGCGAGAUCGCCGGGUCGUGGAAGAUUCUGGAAGAUGUUGCGAUUCUUUUCUGCAACCGGGCGGCGGAUUCCGGCGGCGGUGACUUGCUACCUGCAACGAUUUCAGAGCACUCUUGUACUAACAGAGCAUAAUAAUGAGAAGCUGACUCCCAUUACCCUCAAUGCCAUCACUGCAGCCAAACAGCUGGGUGGAGAGGUUUGUUGCUUGAUUGCUGGCACAAAUUGUGGCAAGGUUACGGAAGAGGUCAGUAAAGUGCAAGGUGUGAAGAAGGUUCUAGUGGCUGAGAAUGACAUAUUUAAAGGUUUUCUACCAGAGGAGCUGACACCGCUGGUGCUGGCUGCACAUAAGGAAUUUAAAUUCACACACAUAUGUGCAGGGGCUUCUGCCUUUGGAAAGAACAUUAUACCUCGAAUAGCUGCUAAACUUGAUGUUGCUGCAAUCUCUGAUAUCACUGAGAUUAAAACCCCAGAUACAUUUGUCAGAACGAUCUAUGCAGGGAAUGCUUUGUGCACAGUGAAAUCUGAAGAUGAUGUCAAAGUGUUCUCUGUAAGAGGCACAUCAUUUGAAGCUGCUUCUGUGAAUGGAGGAAAUGCAAGUUCUGAAAAAGUUUCAGCUCCAUCUGCAGCUGGCGUGUCUGAGUGGAUUGGACAAAGCUUGACCAAAAGUGACCGUCCGGAGCUGACUAGUGCGAGAGUUGUUAUAUCUGGGGGCCGUGGUUUAAGAAGUGGAGAAAACUUCAAGUUGUUGUACGACCUCGCGGAUAAGAUGCAUGCUGCAGUUGGUGCUUCUCGAGCAGCAGUAGAUGCUGGAUUUGUACCCAACGAUUUGCAGGUUGGACAGACUGGAAAGAUUGUAGCACCUGAGUUGUAUAUUGCUGUUGGAAUUUCAGGAGCAAUACAGCAUCUGGCAGGAAUGAAGGACAGUAAGACUAUUGUGGCCAUUAACAAGGACCCUGAGGCUCCCAUCUUCCAAGUCGCUGACUAUGGUUUGGUGGCAGACCUCUUCAAAGCAGUACCGGAGAUGACGGCUUUAUUGGAAAAAUAAUCUGAGUCCUACAGUUUGAUCAAUAAUCUGGUGCUGAUCCGUUAAUUGGACUGUACAGUUUAAAUAUUAUAUACAGUGUGUACAUCAAUGCUGAACAUUAUUUUGAUGGACCCAAUUUUGUCUCAAAAUUAAUCAAUACACUUCAUUGAUUACAGUAGGAGAUCUGUUUAGUUGAGUGGAUUGUGGUUCCUGAAUUUGAAUACCAAGUCUGACAAAGAGAGGAGGCACAUGACCACAUUGCCUACCCCAAGUCCAUCUACACAACUGACAACUUGGGUAUAUAGAAGCUGCCUCUGAAAUCCCUCCUGUUUGGGCCUCAUUUAGCACUUUUCUAGGGAAUACCUGGAGAGACUGGCAGGUGUGAACCUUUAAGCUAUCAGUGUGCCAGCUUGUUUCUAAGAGCUUUUACAGAAAAGAUUCUUGACCUCUUAACCUACAGAAUUACAGUGAUCCACCAUCCAGUGGAAUUGCUGAUACCCUGUAAUAACAUGCAGUUGUGAUGUGUGUUUGCAUUUUUUUUACAACUUGUAGCAGGUCCUGAUCACUGAAGAUCACAUUAGUAACUAAGGGCAGCGGAAUAACCAGAGCUACUCUGUCUCACUCUAAGCUAAAAUCUCCUUAAAUUUGUAAUUAAGCAUAACUUCAAUUUGAGAUUCCAACAUGUUGCAGUGUGAGGUGAGUGAUAUAGAUUGAUCUCCACAGUUCUUCAAUUUAUGAAUGGUUAUACAUAUGCUAUAGAAGGGAGAGGUAUGACUACAGAUAAAAAUGAACCUAUGGGAAUUAUCUGUGAUGCAGUGAUUUUAUAAGGGGAGGAGGUGAGGCUGGUAUUCUGGAAGAGAUUACAAUAUCAAGAAAAUUGUUAAUGGUAAUCAGUUUAUCUGCAAACAUUUUGUUCAGUUACAGUAUAUACACUCAAUGUCAAAUUUUAGGGCAAUCAACUGGAGACAAUUUUGUAAUAAACUUGAGAUCAUUCUCUUGUAA